AUGCAUCGCAUCACUUCCAACCGACUCACCGCCUCGAUCGGCUUCUCCAGAGGACCCCAUGAUGGCAGACAACUUCCGCAUGAUCUGUCCAUCGCGCCGCCACCUCCCGCGAAGCGCGGUCUGGCCGGCAACGCAAUGUCUCCCAACCCAGCAGUGGCCGGGCACAACGUCAACCUGUCCUUCAACGUUCCAUUCAACUCGAACCUGCCAGGGCCGGACAAGGAGGACAUUCUGUACAGCAGCAUGAACGCGGAGAAGAAGUGGACGCAUCCGGAGGGGGCGGCAGAAGAUACGCCCAACCAUGCCCUGCCGGUACACACGAGGAAUGUAGAGGCGUUAAGGAGCUUGUGCAGGCAGAUGAGUGAGAGCAGUGGGGAGACAGUGCAAGCCACGGUGACAUCCUCGAAGCCGAAGCCUAUACCCGGCAUGCAGCGGGGACCGCUCACUGCGUUGGUCACCAACGUGUGUAUCUCUGGUGAUGCGGAGGUGGUGCACAAGAUGCGUGCGAAGAUUCUGAUGGAGACGCCAAUAACAUUGCGGUGUGAGAGCUUCGACAUUGAACGAGAGAUCAUCUUUCCGAAAGACCAGGAGGGCCCAAGAGAAGCAAUACUUCAACAUAUGGACGAAACUGCACAGUUGACAAAGGCCGACAUCUUCCUGCUCGAGCCGAAGUCAAGGCGGAAGGACUCGGACUCGAUCAGCUUUAACAACGCUCUCGACAAGAGUAUGGACAACAAGCUGCGGAUACAGGUCUAUGGCGAUAUGGAGGGCGCGGAGAACGCAAAGACUCGACUGCUCAUCAUGAUUGACAAGCUUCUGAACCGACAUGUGGACUCGAUGCGAUUGGAGUUGACUCUCCACAAUCUUCUCGCCGGCCGCCACAGGAGGAAUAUCAAGAUGAUCGAACAUGCCACUGGAUCCGCCAUCUACUUCCCGCCUCUAUUUCCGACCGUCUUUGGUAAUGGCACGUUUGGCGCAGUUCGCAUUCGGGAGAGAGACGAGAUCAUUAUCACGGGCGAGACCAUGGAUCAGAUCAUGCAGGCCAAGCAGAGGCUGCAUGAUCUUGUCCUCCACACGAAGAACUUCAUAAAAGACGUGCAGAUCACCACCAGCAAGGUCGACUACAUCCUGCUUGAGAGACUGGACAAGAUCCGAAAGAUCAUUGAGGCCAACGGCUCCUACGUCUUGUUCCCGCCUCUCGGAAAUCACAGCGGGCUACUGCGGGUGCAGGCAACAGAUAUAUUGAAUGUUGAGAGGACCGUUCGAGAGAUCAUGGGACUGGCUGGGCAGUUCUACAGUGCCUCGUGGUGGUUGACCUCCCCGGACCAGGCGCAGCGUCAACCGACGUCCUCGGACAUUCGGUCUAUGUUGCCAGACAUUUGUAUCAAUUCGGGCGCCGAAAUCACCUUCGAGAAGCUUAACUUCCACAUCAACGGGAGCGACGACUCUGUCAAAGCUGCGAUGGCUAUCAUCAAUACGCUGCCAUUUGUCAAGAAGGCGCAAUCAACUCUCCGGGUCAAGGUUGAGCUUGCGAACGAGCACAAGGAGUUCGUGAGCGGCAAGAAGAACGGCAAGAUCAACAAAAUCAUGAGCCAAAGCAAUGUUCAGAUCGUUUUCGACGGCUUCAACGAGUACAACUUCUACAUUGAUGUGCGAGGCGCACAAUACGAAGCGACGAAGAAUGGCCUGGAUCUCGUGGAGCUUGAGAUGCCGGCUUCGAUCUCGUUCCAUGUCCCGGAUCAAUACCACAAGAGAAUCAUUGGCAUUGGAGGUCAGCACAUCCAGCGCAUCAUGAAGAAGUACUCUGUCUUUGUUAAGUUCUCGAAUGCAAUGGACCGCGGUGGCAUUGGCAAGGACGACGAUGAUAUAAAGGUCGACAAUGUCAUUUGCCGCACCCCUGCUCGCAAUGCAAACAGUCUUGAGCAGGUCAAGCAAGAGAUCAUGGACAUGGUCGAGAAGGUCGAUGCGGAGUUCGUCUCUGAGCACGUGCCUGUCGAUCGGCUCUACCAUCGCGAGCUGAUUUCUCGGAUGCCGGAGAUUGAGGAUCUUGAGAAGAAGUGGAACUGCAAGGUGACGUUUCCUGGCGCUGAGCAGGCGAGCGACAUCAUCACAGUUUCUGGGCCUGAGUAUCAAGUCCCACAGGCGGUGGAUGAGUUCUUGGGCAUGGUUCCAGAAACUCAUGAGAUCGAGUUCCCGACCUCCGACGAGCUGCGCAAUUAUCUCUCAUCUGACGAGUUCAGCAAAGAUACUGCACAGAAGCUGAAGGACCAGUAUGUCGUCGAGGUCGAAGUCCAUGAGCCACGAAAGGAGAAGCAAGGUGACGUGGAAGUCACGGUCGAGAAGAUGGUCCUCAGCUACACCCGCAACAACGCAGGUGGUCUCAAGGAUGCCAUCGACUUCUUGCUUCUCCCACUUAUUGGCCGUGGGCUGGACUCCAACACCGUCAAGGGUGCCAUUCCGCGACCAAAGUCGGAUUCCUUCGAGGACAACAUGCCGUUCUUCGAGUCGAAGCUGUUGCAGCGUGCUGAGCCGGCAAUCUCGACUGAGUCUCCUACCCGUGGCAGCUUCGCAGAUGACAGCAACAGCCGCUCUCUCUUCGACAAGCUUCGCAAACCUGGCAGCAUGUCGUCUUUCAGCUCUUUCAUCGAACGUCGACGCAAGAACGGCACCAACUCGCCAAGCUCCUCGCUGUUCAUGCAUGCGUCCAACAAUGCCUCGAAAGCCUCCCUUGUCAGCAUGGAGUCGCGCGACUCUGGCUAUCGCAACCCCUGGAACGAUUCCGGCAUCGAUCUCGAGCACGACUCCAACCACAGCAACCACGGCAACGGCUGGGGCUCCUUUGGCACCUCCGGAACCCGCCCAAGCACCUCCUCCAACUCACUCUCCGGCGCCUUCGAGAGCAAGUUCCCGUUCGGCGUCAACGGCAACGCAUCCUCCAGCUCUCUCAACACGCCGAUGAUCCCCGGCCUCGGCAUGAUCAACACCAACGGCGGCGAUGUCACUCCAAGAUACGACACUCCGCCACGCUCCGCCAACGGCCUCGCGAAAGAACCCUCAACAACCGGCGGCGCCGAGGACCCCUCUGCAGGCCAACCCGCUGCAUCUACCAGCCGCCCCUCUUCCUCCUCCAAGGCGGCAACGAACGCUACGACUUCCACUCCUUCUUCGUCAGGAUACCCGGCCCCUAUUGGGCCUCCGCGUUAA